ACGCUGUUGCUGGGGACCUGGACGCCCCCCCGGCCCUGUGUAAUCCAAAGUUCCUCUAUAGUCCGAGGUUGCUGAAUGGUCUCAAGUGCGAUGAAUGUUGUUGCGAACAUCAUUAAUGUUGUUGCGAACAUCAUUGAUGUUGUUGCGAACAUCAUUAAUGUUGUUGCGAACAUCAUUCAUUAGUGAGCGCUUUUAUUUAUUGCCUGGUUUAUUGUUAAAAUCCAGGAUUGAAAUCUUGUCUCGCAGCAUGAUUGGAUUUUUAUAUCCAAUUUUCGAGUAAUGGUAACUUAACUCACUGUUAAGCAAAAAUCAAAUGGCUUUACAUUCAAAGUUUAGUUGGGAGUAAAAGUUUCAAAAUAAGCGCAUAAAUUUUUUGUGCAUAUAUUUCAAGUUUAUUUGGAGGAAAAUUAUGAAAAUGAACACAUGACAUUUUUCGGUAAAUCGUUGAUAAGUCUGAAUAAGUGCAUUUGAUAACGAAUCAAUGAACGCGGUAUUGCGGUUGGUUCAGAUCGAUAUCGCCUCAGAUACCCGUCCUCGUCGCAUAUCUUGCCAGAACUGUAAGCGAUGUUGCGAUCAGUGAGCGCAGCAGCGCGGUACACUUGCAAACAUAACGCGCGUCUUCGUAGGCCGGCGUACCGCGCACACUCCCACACGACUGUCGCGCGUCCUGCAAGCGUCGCUCUCAAGUGGAUCGCUCGAGGAGGAUCCGUGGUGGCAGGAUCGCUGAUCAUGGCGGGGUCUGCUGUGGUCUUCGCGAGCGGCAGCAGAGCUGAGGUCAUCCAAGACGCUGAUCGUUUCUACGACCGCGGCGACUUUACCGCCAUCCACGACCUGCUCGAGCCGCUCAAGGCGGGCGGGGACGACGAGGUGCUGUGGAGGCUGGCGCGGGCGCUCUACGAGCUGGCGAAGGCGUCGCCUGAUGCCCAGCGCGCCGGUGCCCUGUUGCGGGAGUGUGUGCAGGUUAGGGAGAUGAAGCGUGUGUGCAGGUUAGGGAGAUGA